CUGGUUCAGUACCCCAACACAGGAAAGUUGAAGCUCCACCGAGAAGAAGAAGAAGAAGAAGAAGAAGAAGAAGAAGAAGAAGAAGAAGAAGAAGAAGAAGAAGAAGAAGAAGAAGAAGAAGGAGAAGAAGAAGGCUCAUCUCAUCAACUUCACAAUGAAGAUCCUGGCUGUGUCUGCUCUCCUCUGUGCCAUGAUGGCUCUGACUACUGCUGCUGCUGUUGCAGAGGCAGAUCCUGAGGAUGCAGAAACAGCAGCUGUUCCAGAGGAAGAACCUGAAGAUGCACAAGGAGCUGUUCCAGAGGAAGAAUCUGAAGAUGAACAAGCAGUAGAGCUCGAUGUUGUGAAGAGGACUCAUUGCCACUCAGGAUGGAAGCUGAUUGGUCACCGCUAUUUCUUCUAUGUUGCUCAACACCUGACCUGGGCUCAAGCUGAGAAAAAGUGCGUCUCCCUGGGUGGACAUCUGGCAUCUGUGCAUUCCCAGUGGGAGUAUCAUCAAAUAAGAAGUCUGAUCAAAGCACAAAGCCAUGGGCAUCCUGCGGCAUGGGUUGGAGGCACUGAUAGUUGCCAGGAGGGAGUUUGGCGCUGGAGCGAUGGUUCCUGUUUCGACUUCAAACAGUGGUGCAGGGGAGAGCCAAACAAUGGACUGGGGACCAAUCAGGACUGUCUACAGAUAAAUUUCAGCUGUAACAAGUGCUGGGAUGAUCUCUGGUGUCAUCACCGUCGCCCCUCCGUCUGUGUCAGGAAGUGGUGAACCGUGGUCUGACCCUGAGGCAUGAAGAGGCUGUGAAACACACAAACACAGAUCGAUGUGUGUUUGAAAAGUCAUCUCUCACGACGCCGUCAGUCUCAUGUGGAACCUGAGCGCUCUAAAUCUCUCUCUUCUCUCUUUUCUGUCGCUGUAACGCUUCAUAAGGAAAGAUGUGACAAGUGACACAAACAGGAGGUGGAUUGUCUCUGAGGCCUUGUGCCCUUAAUAAGAUCAGACUGAAUGUGGAAUGGAAAGAACGCUUUAAGCACAACUUUAUUCUUUGGUUUGAACUCUUCUUUCUAAUCUGAAUGCAAAAUUAAAAGCUUCAAGCAUUGAAAAAACGUC